CCAAAAUAUGAGACAAAGAUGAUGAUCGGAGAGAAAUAUCCCGCUGAUCGUCAAGCUCCGGCAUGUCCAUUUCCAGAUGUUCUGACGGUUGAUGUCCAUUCUUCCCUGAACCCUGCCGGUUCCGGCAACGGUAACGAUGAUUUCUCGUUCCCGCAAAACGACGCCGAUCUUCAGACCCUGAUGCGCUACCUGCCGUCCCAAUCGAACGACGUUAGCGUGGGGUCCGAAGCCGAUAGGGACGUUGACCUUCCCGUGGGCGCGUACACAUGCGAUAACUUCCGCAUGUACGAUUUCAAGGUGAGGAGGUGCGCGCGUGGCGGGUCACAUGACUGGACUGAGUGCCCUUACGCGCAUCCGGGGGAGAAGGCGAGGCGGCGGGACCCGAGGAAGUACCACUACGCCGGUGUAGCUUGCCCUGAGUUCCGGAAAGGUAGCUGCCGGAAGGGAGACGCGUGCGAGUACGCGCACGGCGUAUUCGAGUGCUGGCUCCAUCCGGCUCGCUAUCGUACGCAGCCUUGUAAGGACGGGCUCAACUGCAACAGACGGGUGUGUUUCUUCGCCCACACGCCGGUGCAGCUGCGCGUGCUGAGCCCGAGGGCGGUGGAUUGGGGCUCAUCGUCUUCCGAUUCGCCUCCCACGUCGCUGUUGGUGACGGCGGCCUUGCGUCAGCUGCUCCCUUCUUUGUCACCGAAAUCGGGUAUCUGGACCAUUGGACGACCCGGAAUUAGCAGUUUUGAUCUGUGGGAGGGGGAAGAGGAUGUGGGCAAAGAGGAGGCCCUAAUGGAGAGGGUUGAGUCUGGAAGGGACAUUAGGGCCAAGAUGCUUGAGAAGAUAGGGAAGGAGAAUCCUCUAGACGGGCAUGAUCCAAAGUCCGACCCGUACCCGAUGUAGUACGAUUGUCCUAAUCCUGACGUCGGGUGGGUCUCCGAGCUGGUUCAGUGAAUUAUUCUUUCUGUGGGCAAUUUUAUGAGAAACAAAAAUUGUUGGAAUUAUCAAUUAAUUAUUAAAAUAAUAUGCGAAGCAGAGUAAAAAAUGGGUUGAAUUGACUAUUGAGGAAGUUGAAGAUCAGAGCGCAUGAGAGGAAGGUUGGAUCAUGCACUAGGUUUGGUUAUUCCUUAAUUGUUUUUAUUAUUGUAUAUCACAGUCGAUUUUAGUAUAAUACAUACUACGUAUAUGUAUUAUAAUGUAAAUAUAUACGUAGUACAUACAGAAAGAGAUAAAUUCUCAGGUCCAGCACCUCCCGGUCCAAACACCGUCCGAACACCGUCGUUUGGGGUGGUUCUCGGUGGAAUUUUUUAAUGAACUUUUUUAGCAUGUUCUUCAUCAACUCUAGUUUAUCCAUACCAAAUUUCAGGUCAAAAUCCAAUCGGGAAGGCAGUCAAAUAAUUCGUUGAAGUUAACUGCGUUUUUCUAUGUAUAAUUUGGCGCAGUUAACUUCAACAAAUUAUUUGACUGCUUUCCUGAUCGAAUUUUGAGCUGAAAUUUCGUAUGGAUAAAUUAGAGUUGAUGAAGAACAUGCUCAAAAAUUUUAAUCAAAAAAUUUCACCAGGAAACCGCCCCAAACGGCGGUGUUCGGACGACGUUCGCACAGAAAAGUGCCGGACAGAAGAAUGACUCUACAUACAUACAUAUAUAUAUAUAUAUAUAUAUAUCGCGUUUAUUUUAAUGUUUUAUUGUUUGUAGUCUCACAUUAAUCUAAAGAUAAUUUGUUCAUGUAUAAUCUAAUAAAUAUCACUUGAGCAUUAAUUAAUAAUACUUUCAUAUCUAGUCUUAA